UCUCCUUCCUCCAGAUCUCCUCCGAAUCUCUCUCUCUCUCACAGAUAUUUUAUCAUUAUUGUUGUUUUUUUUUUUUCUAAUUUUAUCGCAAGAAAAAGGAAAGCCUUUUGUACAAUACAUAAUAAAUAUCAAAGACACCCCAGAAAAUAUCGGAACGCUUGCUCUUAUAUGAAAUAUCGAUCGAUUAUUUUCAGUUUACAGUAGCCAUGGCCACAGUAACUAGGCUUCACGUUUUCCCACAAAGCUUCGAGCACUGCUUCAAGCACCACCACAGGAGUUGUCAACCCGUCGUGCUCCGACCGGGUUUAUGCCUGUACGGGUUGCGACAAUCCGGUCCGGGUAAUGGGAUGUGUUCGAAACAGUGCCGAUCUUUUAGGAGGGAGGAGGGAGAAGUUGAUAAGGAGAAAGAGGGGGUGGUGAAAAGCGCUAGAAAGUGUCGGAGUUUGAAGGAAAGUGAGGGUAAGCUCGAAACCGGAACUGGGUUUUGGAAAUCUUUCAAGACUACUAUUUUGGGUGGUUUUGGUUUGGCUCGUGAUGGUGAUGAGUAUAACACGGCUGUGGCCAAGGUGGAGAAGGUGCUCUCCUUGGUUGCUAUCCAAAUUGGAAGGUAUAUGGUAACCAUGAUGAGCACGGGAGCAAUACUUGCAAUUGGAUUUCAGUUGUCAGGUGGAGACAGUCAGAUGGACACUUUGAUUUGGUAUAGCUGGCUUGGGGGAAUUGUUACUGGAACCAUGAUAGGAGCUAAUAUGGUUCUAGAGGAACAUUGUCGUGCUGGUCCACGUAAUGUUGUCAUAACUGGAAGCACAAGGGGACUGGGAAAAGCUCUUGCUCGUGAAUUUCUUCUUUCAGGAGAUCGCGUGGUUGUUGCUUCUCGCAGCCCUGAGUCUGUCGAUAUGACUAUCAAAGAGCUUGAGGAGAACCUUAAGGAAUGCAUGGCCACAGCAAGUGACUCGUCCAGGAGAAGGCUGCAACAUGCAAAAGUGGUAGGCAUUGCAUGUAAUGUUUGUGAACCCGAUGAUGUUCAGAAAUUGGCAAAAUUUGCACUCCAUGAACUGGGUUCAAUCAACAUUUGGAUAAACAAUGCUGGCACAAAUAAAGGUUUUAGACCAUUGCUGCAGUUUUCUGAUGAAGAUAUUAAACAGAUUGUCUCAACAAAUCUGGUUGGCUCUCUUCUGUGCACUCGAGAAGCCACACAAGUGAUGAAGAACCAGGAUAAGGGGGGCCACAUUUUCAACAUGGAUGGUGCAGGCUCUGGGGGAUCUAGUACCCCUCUUACAGCUGUUUAUGGGUCAACAAAGUGUGGUCUUCGGCAGCUUCAAGCAUCCCUUUUGAAAGAGUGCAAGCGAUCCAAAGUUGGGGUGCACACAGCAUCUCCAGGCAUGGUUCUUACAGAUCUGCUCCUGAGUGGCUCGAGUGUGCAGAAUAAGCAGAUGUUUAACAUAAUCUGUGAGCUUCCCGAAACAGUUGCUAGAACUUUAGUUCCGAGGAUGAGGGUCGUAAAGGGAACAGGGAAGGCAAUAAAUUACUUGACUCCUCCUAGGAUCUUGCUUGCUUUAGUCACCGCAUGGCUUCGACAGGGUCGCUGGUUUGAUGCUCAGGGAAGGGCAUUAUAUGCAGCAGAGGCAGAUCGCCUCCGAAAUUGGGCUGAAAACCGCACUCGAUUUUCUUUUACCGAUGCAAUGGAAAUGUACACAGAAAACACUUGGGUGUCAGUUUUCUCAAUCUCUGUAGUUUGUGCCUUCAUAAUCCUUUCUACCAGUGGCAGCACAACGUGAAAGAAUCAGGAAUAUUUGUAGAACAGGCCAAUGCUCUUCUUGAAGGAUGUCAACUGCAUCUCAUAGAUCAGAAAGUAAGUACACAACACUUCCAGCCGGUUAGUGGUUUUUAUUACCUGCAUCCUUCAGACACUUCCUUAACAAUUAGGAAGUUCAGUUGUACCCUGCAUCCUUUCAGACACUUCCUUUAACCACCCAUGUACAAGAGUCCAGUAAAGGUUGAGUGGUGUAGACAGAGAUGAACGCUUCUUAAGUCAUUAAUGAAGCAUUCCAGUGUAGCAUGCAAUGUUUCUACAACCUCAUUGUGUUCCCUUUCAGCAUCUUUGUACAUUCAUACAAUGCUUUGACAGUCACUUUCAAAGCCAUUCUUUCUUUGA